GGUACAAGAAAUAGUCAAGAUGGAUCUUUGCACUAUAUAUAUCUACAUGCUACAAGAAAUAAUAUCUGAGGAUCUUUAUGAAAAUUCCUUACAAAUAAACUAACAUGCAUUGCAUAUGCAACUUAUAGCUACACAGAAAUAGCCAGGAUGGACUGUGCAGAGUCUGGAUCUCCUGUGAGACCCAGUCAGGACAGUGAAAUGAAAAUCUUUGUGCGAUCAGAGUAUCAUGGAAAUUAUGCUCUUGAGGUGGACAGCUCUAACACCAUCCAGGAUGUGUUAAUCACUGUUCUUCCUAUUUGGCGGUUAGAGGCAGAUCCGGAACCUCAACUUUAUUUCAAUGGCGAUCUACUGGACAGGGCCAAAUCUUUGGCGGACUACGGCGUCGAAGAUGGGUCCAUUCUUCACCUCGAGUGCACAAACUGGAUCUUCCUUAGUGCAAAUGAAAGCGAGCAGCCGAAUCAAAUUUUGGGAAGGAAAAAGAUUAUAAUAACAGAUCGGCUUUUAGCAAUCUGGGAAAAGGAGCACGAUAAAAUCCUCCUUGGUUUGUUGGUAGAGCAAAUUCAGACUGGAGGGAGAAAAAUACUAUACCUUGAAAAUGAUUCUUGGCGUGAUGUAGUAGCCAAGUUUAAUAAAACAACAGGCUUAAAAUAUGAAAACAAACAUUUGUAUGAGCACUUCAAUUUUUACAAAUAUGAAUAUGAAAUAGUGAGCAAUAUCAGGCAUCAUCCAGAGUUUAGCUGGGAUCAUCGACGUCAAGUAGUAAUUGCCACAGAUGCUAAAUGGAAUGAAUAUAUUAAGGACAAUCCCAAUGCGAAGUGCUAUCGAAGGAGAGCAGUACCAUUUAUUGAUUUAUUGGAAAAUGUGUUUGCCAAGAAAGAAGAAUGAAAAAUCAUGAUUUUCAAUGAAUGACUCUCUUGGAAAAAUUAUUGUAAUCUAUUCGUUCUCUACCUAUGAGAUCUCAACAUUUUCACAAUAAUCUUGUUACUUGACUGCGACAAACAUUGUUAUGCUGUAUUUUUUUUUUUUUUUUUUUGAGAAAUAAGUAGCUUGCCACCCGUUUUAUUUAUUAGGGAGAUGAAUUAAGCUUACAGUUAUGCUGUAUUUUUCACUUGCAACUUUUUGUCUAUUUAAAUAAAUAUGUGUUGUAUUGGCA